UUCAUUUCAUUUCUCCGCCGUAUACUCCAGAGAGAGAGAGAGAGAGAGAGAUGGCUUGCUCCGCUGCUUCAACCACCACUGCUCUCAUUUCCUUAAACCCUAGGUCUUUCUCCGCCAAAUCUAAGCUCAUCUCUCAAUCCCUUACUCUCCCCAAUUCCUUCCCAGGUGUCCGUGCCCCUCUCCUUUCUCGGGUCGCCCGCUCCGUUUCAUUCCCCCGCACUUCCCAUUCUCGGAAGAGCUUGGUCGUCAAAGCCAGCAGUGAGCUUCCACUGGUGGGAAAUACUGCUCCCGAUUUUGAGGCAGAGGCUGUCUUUGAUCAGGAAUUCAUUACGGUCAAGCUCUCUGAAUACAUUGGGAAGAAAUAUGUGAUUCUCUUCUUCUAUCCAUUGGACUUUACAUUUGUUUGCCCCACAGAGAUUACUGCUUUCAGUGACCGCUAUGAAGAAUUUGAAAAGAUAAACACAGAAAUAUUAGGUGUUUCUACUGACAGUGUGUUUUCACACCUUGCCUGGGUUCAAACAGAUAGAAAGUCUGGUGGUCUUGGUGAUUUGAAGUAUCCACUGAUAUCUGAUAUCACCAAAUCAAUUUCCAAAUUGUAUGGAGUGUUGAUUCCCGAUCAGGGAGUUGCAUUGAGAGGGCUUUUCAUUAUCGAUAAGGAGGGAGUUAUCCAGCACUCUACUAUCAACAACCUUGCCAUUGGACGGAGUGUUGAUGAAACAAUGAGGACACUUCAGGCAUUGCAGUACGUGCAGGAAAACCCAGAUGAAGUUUGCCCAGCUGGGUGGAAGCCCGGAGAGAAAUCCAUGAAACCGGACCCAAAGCUCAGCAAGGAGUACUUUGCCGCAAUUUGAGCGUGUGUAUCUGUUGUAUCCAUUAGCAGUUUGUCUAAAUGAGUUUUGUUUUUAUGUAUCUGUUAUCAAUCGCGAGCUUUGGAUAGCAAUGUCUGGGGGAAUAAUCACGUGUGGAUCGGGCCUUUGCAUUUAUAUAGCAAACGCAAUUAUCUUCUUUUUGGUUUUUA